UGUGUCUGUCUGUCUCUCAGUGUGUCCGCCUGUCUGUCCGCUUAUUGGGCUGGCUUACCCCCGACAGUCAUCUAGGGAUGUUUUACUAACAACUUUCUUUACAGGAGACAACACAAACAUUGACCCAAGUGCUGCAACACUGUUAACUUGAACUAAACUUUAAUUCGUUUACAAGUCAGUUGCACAUUCACUGAAGUUUAUGACUUUUGAAUUAGCGGGAUCAUUUUUCGUCAUUUUUUCUUUAUUUUUGUCGAGGAGCGGAUUGCUUGUUAAAACUACACUUUUUGAAAUAGUUCAUAAUUUCCUCAAAGUGAAACUAUUUAGCCAGACUCGUGAUGGUUUUUCUGUCACUAACAGUAGGCCUACUAGUAGGAUUUAUAGGAAGCCUAACUUCAGCCGACAAGGCUGUUGGCGCAGUGGAUAAAGAAGACCAGCUGCGCAGCCGUCUGAGGGAGUAUGGCCUUAUCACACCCAUCAGCACAGACUCCCAGGGGCACUUUCUGUCCCACCUGCUCUCGGCCAAUCAUAAGCAGCGAGUGAAGCGUGAGGUUGGGCUGGAGGUUGCAGAACCAGCCAGUGAUAGGCUGUUCUUCAACGUUUCAGCAUUUGGCAAGGAGUUCCACCUGAGGCUCCGCCCCAACAACAGACUGGUGGGCCCUGGUGCCAUGGUGGAGUGGCACGACCAGGUCCCAGAACCAGGCAACAGUAGCAGCAUUAUCAGUGUUGGGGUUGGUGGAGAGAAUAGCACAGAAAGGAGCUUCAGCGGUAACGAGAGAAUCCUGAAGAGGGAGCUGCUAAAGACAGACUGCACCUUUAUUGGUGACAUCAGUGAUGUGCCAGGAGCCUCCGUCGCUAUUAACAACUGUGACGGACUGGCUGGAAUGAUCCGAACCGACUCAGAUGAGUAUUUUAUUGAGCCGUUGGAGAGAGGAACUCAGGAUCACGAGGAUCAGGGCAGAGUCCAUGUUGUCUAUAGGAGAUCAGCAGUUCUUCAGGCUCCCUCAGAUAUCUCACUGGACUACCACGAACCAGAAGAACUGUCCUUCCCAGGUGUGACCGGGGUUUUGGACGAGGUGUCACGGCAGGUGAACCAGACAUUGAGAAGGAGGCGCCAUGCUGGAGAUGGCGACUACAAUAUAGAGGUUCUUCUGGGCGUUGAUGACUCCGUGGUGCGUUUCCACGGCAAGGAGCAUGUGCAGAACUACCUGCUGACUCUCAUGAAUAUCGUGAAUGAAAUCUACCAUGAUGAGUCUCUUGGAGUUCAUAUCAAUGUGGUGUUGGUGAGGAUGAUUAUGCUGGGCUAUGCUAAGUCCAUCAACCUGAUAGAACGAGGGAACCCAUCCAGGAGUCUUGAGAAUGUUUGUCGCUGGGCCUUUGUACAACAGAAGGCUGACCCAGAACAUUCUGAACAUCACGAUCAUGCCAUCUUCCUGACCAGACAGGGCUUCGGACCCACUGGCAUGCAGGGGCUGCUAGGAAGAGGCUAUGCCCCAGUAACAGGCAUGUGCCACCCGGUCCGGAGUUGCACCUUAAACCACGAGGAUGGAUUCUCUUCUGCCUUCGUUGUGGCCCAUGAGACUGGACAUGUACUGGGUAUGGAACAUGAUGGUCAGGGGAAUCGUUGUGGAGAUGAGACUGCCAUGGGAAGUGUCAUGGCUCCACUGGUCCAAGCUGCCUUCCAUCGAUACCACUGGUCCAUGUGUAGCGGACAGGAACUCAAGAGAUACAUGAACUCAUAUGACUGUCUCCUUGAUGAUCCAUUCAAUCAUGACUGGCCCCAGCUGCCGGAGCUACCUGGAAUCAACUACUCCAUGGACGAACAGUGUCGCUUCGACUUUGGGGUCGGAUACAAGAUCUGUACAACAUUUCGCACAUUUGACCCCUGCAAGCAGUUGUGGUGCAGCCAUCCUGACAACCCCUACUUCUGCAAAACCAAGAAAGGACCUCCCCUGGAUGGGACAGAGUGUGCACCUGGGAAGUGGUGUUAUAAAGGUCACUGUAUGUGGAAAAAUGCCAACCAGGUGAAACAGGAUGGUUCCUGGGGCUCCUGGACUAAAUAUGGUUCUUGUUCUCGUUCCUGUGGAACCGGGGUCCGCUUCAGAACCCGCCAAUGCAACAACCCAGUACCAUCAAAUGGUGGUGCAGACUGUCCUGGGGUGAACUAUGAGUACCAGCUGUGCAACACAGAGGAGUGCCCCAAACACUUCGAGGAUUUCCGGGCUCAGCAGUGCCAGCUACGCAACUCUCAUUUUGAGUUCCAAAACCGUAAACACCACUGGCUGCCCUACGAACACCCUGAUGCCAAUAAGAGGUGUCAUUUGUACUGCCAGUCAAAGGAGACAGCUGAUGUGGUGUACAUGAAACAGUUGGUGCAUGAUGGGACACGGUGCUCCUACAAAGACCCCUAUAGUAUCUGUGUCAGAGGAGAGUGUGUGAAAGUGGGCUGCGACAAAGAGAUUGGUUCCUCCAAGGUGGAGGAUAAGUGUGGAGUGUGUGGAGGCGACAACUCUCACUGUCGCACUGUCAAGGGAACAUUCACACGCACCCCCAAAAAAGCUGGGAAGACGAGAGGAGCGUUCUCCUUGCCAAAAGGAGCUCGGAAUGUUUAUCUGAAUGAAACUCAGGAUUCUAGAAAUGUAAUUGGUUUCCUUAAGAUGUUUCUGAUCCCACCCGGGGCUAGACAUGUAGUCAUUCAGGAGCAUGAGGCUUCCCCUCAGAUGCUUGCAAUCAAGAACCAGGCGACCGGCCACUACAUCCUAAACGGCCGAGGAGAGGAGGCUCGCACACGCAGCUUCAUUGACCUCGGGGUGGAGUGGGACUACAUCAUUGAAGAUGAGGUGGAGACGUUACACACUGAUGGACCACUGCACGACGCAGUGGUUGUACUGAUUAUCCCUCAAGACAACGAGACAAGGUCGACACUGAUGUAUAAAUACAUCAUCCAUGAAGACUCUGUUCCCAUCAACAGCAACAAUGUCAUUCAGGAGGACACCUAUGAAUGGGCCUUAAAGAGCUGGUCUCAGUGUUCCAAACCCUGUGCAGGAGGAUUCCAGUUCACCAAAUACGGCUGCAGGAAGAAAGGGGGGGUCAAGAUGGUCCACCGGGGGCACUGUGACAUCAGCAAGAAGCCCAAGCCCAUUAGGAGAAUGUGUAACCUACAGGACUGUACUCAGCCUCACAUGUGAAAAAUCUGAUUGAAUAAAAGCUCUGAUAUAUAUGAGCUGCACUGGAAACAGCCCAACUGAGGGAGAGAAUAGCAAUGAAUUGAGGCCAGCAGAGAAGGCCUUGCUGGCCCUAACGGACCGCCUCUGGAUU